AUGGAUGCAUUCGACCCCCGACACGUUCGCAACCCACGAGUAUUAUCGGUCAUAGACGUUGCUUGUCACAACGAAGACCUUCUGUCCGUGUUGCACGCGUACUUCAAUAUAAAGCAGUCCAUGGCCGUGACUAUUGAGCUAUAUUCUGUCAGCAACAUUGAAAACGCCCUCACGAGUGCUAUGGAGCGCGUCGGCGUUCAGCGUACAGCUGGCACAUCGCUUGAUAUUCGAUACGAGACCGAGUCCGUCUCGCGGCACGGAAUACGCACUGGGGAAUACUACUUCUCGUUGCGGAUCUUAUUCCCGGGCAACUUUACCGUCAUACUCCGCAUGGGCGAUCAACGAAUGAACUGGCGCUGGCAAGAUUUCGUUGAACAUUUCCCGUGCGAUCAGAUUACCCACUUGUCCAUCACGAACGAGAGCGGCUACAACAGCCCGCCCAUUCCCCUCCGUCCUCAUCGCCUAGUAGCCGCGCUAGAAGGACUUCGGUCGCUCACGGUCUCGGACCGGCAUCAUAUCCACUUGCUGAACGACGUGCCGCUCGUUGCACCCAUUACCGUUGUCACUGUUGAUCUCCCUGGUGGAACGGUAAUCGGAGACCUUGUGGCUAUAUGGCAUUGGUUACGCUAUCGAUCAGCAGACCCUGCAUCCACGACGCUAAAGCUGACCGGUACCUUCCAUGGACACGGGAUGUACUCCAUAUACGAGCAAUACCAUUACAUGGAAGCGCCCACCAUCGCCGCAUUGCAAAUGCAUGCCGCCGUGAUUGACACCCGCGUCCCAAACAUAGCCACUACUCACCUCGCCAGUCACAUUUGA